AUGCUCCUCCUCAAUAAUCUCAGCCUGUUGGUUCUUCUUGGAGCGUAUGCGUCAGCAUGGGUCCCGGUCAAAUCGCGUCGAUCGCAGACGGGACCCUUCCAGGUCUCAGUGAGACCGGUUCAGCAGUCUACUGAUCGGAGUACCUGGAAUAUUUCCCUCACCCAACAGCAUACGAUUGAGGAAGCCUUUGGCUCGGUACCUGACAAGGCAGCGGCAUAUCAUUGCUGCUGGCUAGAAGUCAGACUCGUCUUCGAGACAGCGCUCAUUCGAGUGGAUCCGAUGACGCUGGUUCGCCGAGAAUUCACUAUGAAGUGCGAUGCGUCCGGCUCGAAAGCCUUGUAUCCUUCUUUGGAAAUCUGCGAAGAUACCUUCAGAGAGGCAAAGUCCUGGCCUAUCACCUGCCAGUGGCUACCGGGCAACUGUGAGAUCAAGUAUGGCAAAAUAGAGGUGGGCGGGCGGACUUGCAAGUACGAUAAGCUUUCGAACGUGUAG